AUGCGCUACGUCGCCUCUUAUUUGCUUGCCGCCCUUGGGGGCAACUCCUCUCCCAGCGCCAAAGACAUUAAGAAGAUACUAGACAGCGUGGGUAUCGAGGCGGACGAUGACCGGCUCAACAAGGUCAUCAGUGAGCUGAAUGGGAAAAACAUUGAGGAUGUCAUCGCCCAGGGUGUUGGGAAACUUGCCAGUGUGCCUGCUGGUGGAGCUGUGGCUGUUUCUGCUGCCCCUGGCUCUGCAGCUCCUGCUGCUGGUUCUGCCCCCGCUGCAGCAGAGGAGAAGAAAGAAGAGAAGAAGGAGGAGUCCGAAGAGUCGGAUGAUGACAUGGGAUUUGGCUUGUUUGAUUAAAUCUCUGCUCCCCUGCAAAUAAAACCUUUUUAUGUAUCUUGA